AUGGCAGGAAAGGGCGGAGAAGCUCCGGCUAACCCGCCUUCCAAUCUGGCCAGAGAGCUCACGCAAGCCCAUCAGCAACUGGGUUUGCAGCAGAAUAUUACGAGCCAACCGGUGUACACCGCCAACCAGCAGCUUUGGUUUCAGCACAGGCAGGACAAGCGCAAAGCCCCGUCAGCCUCGGGCUCUAUGCUGGGUACACCGCAGGUGCCAGAGUCGGAUGCUACAAUGGAGGAUAUGGGACCGGAUCCUUUUGCUACCCCGCCAGAUGCAGGGCAGGGCGCUAACCUUUUCCAGCCCAUGCCCAUGCAGGAGUCCACGGCAUACUCACUGGCAGCAGCACAGCUGGGGGUGGAUAUCAACGACCCAGCGGCAGUGCAAUCGUGGCUCUCCGGAACGGUUUCCACGCGCGCGGACGUUUUACAGACGGUGCGGGCCUACCACCAUGGGGUAAUCCGCCCGGAGCUUUUCCACUAUAUCAGCCAAGUGGAAAACGUGGUUAAAACGCUCGACGACCGCAUCGCGCAGAACCAGGAAGGCCUACGCUGGCUUGCUUCUGAGAACAGGGCGCAGCAGAAGCGCGAGUGCGGCCUGAUGGUUAUUCUCAGCGGCUGGGAUCAAAGCAUGGCGCCUGGAGAGCGCCUGUACAUGAUCAACUGGCUUUUGGGACAGGUCACCUAUGUGCGUCACUUCCUGCAGCAGCGCAGCUACAACGCCUCUGACUCUGCCGAGUAUUACUAUCUCGGGGCCUUGCAAACUGACCCGAAUACACCGCCAGCCGGCACUGGCAAGUGGAGUACAGUUACCACACUGUAUUUCAAAUCCUGGGACCUACGCAAGGAGUUCAUGGCCGCGUUUGGAGGCUCAGGGGGUACACCGCUCUGGAAAGACGGGCAGACGGUGGCCAAAGGAUUUCACAUCCGUGCCACGCCGGCUUCGCCUCAGUUCCAGCGCAAGUUGGAGCUCCCGGUGCGAGUCCUCCUCAAGGCCAUGAACAAGUGGGCGGAAACCCAGACUAAUCCGCCCACUCAAAUGAUCAUCCUCUGGCGAACACUCACGGUGAUGGAGCCCAGCGAGAACCGUGAGUGGAACGACCAGAUCCGUGCAGCAGCCAGGAUGAUCUACUUUGAGAAGGAUGGUGUGUUUCAGGGGCGGCUGGAGAUUACUCGGGAUGUGCACACAAUCAUCCAGAGUAAACCGCCGGCCCCGGCCCUGGAAGACACACUCUGGGAACAAUGUUGGAGCGAAGUGGCCUACGGCAUCCAGCUGGAGAUGGACAAAGCCGACAAGGAGAUUUUUGAAAGGGCCCUUAAGGAGUCCAAAGGUUCCGGAAAGGGCGUGCAGCUUGGCAAAAGCUCCAGGCAUUGGAGUACACCGCUCAUUCACAGCAGUGACUCCAACCCGUUCCCAAUUCCUAUGUAUGUCAUGCCUGUGGAUGACAUUGCCUUUUCCUGGGACGAGCUGUGUGACAAGCAGAAUCAGCCGGACCAGAAAGUGCGAGACUACAAGGUUUCCACCUUUGGGGGUAAACCGCCGGUGUCAGCUGCAGCUGCUAGCAGCAUGCCACCUCCCUCCAUGAUGCCAGCUUCGGCCAAAGGCAGAGGCAAGGGCAAGAAGGGCUCAGCAGGAGCCGAGCAGGAGGAUGAGUUUUGA